UCUAGUGACGAAGAGCAGCGUAGGCGUUGAUGAGGGCCAAUGCGUUGCUGGUGAGAUGAGCAACCUUUUCGACCUUCCCUCUCACCACCGCCUUCAUCACUCCGUUCAUCUCUUUCCCGGCGAACCCGUCGUCGCACGUGCUCUCGUCCGUCAACGCCGCACUGACCCACGUCUGCACGUUGCUGAUCAUCAUCACGAAAUCCGAGCCGCCGCCAUCUCGUCGAUGGACCGGCUGAUCUGGUCGACGGAGUCAGCCAGCUCCUCCGUGCAGUCGCGCAUCGCCGCCGCCUCCCUGGGACUGAUGCCGUGGGUGCGGGAGAGCUUGACCAUGGCGGCGGAGGUUGACUUGGGGGAGGAUAAGGUGAUGUCGAGGGCGGUGGAGACCAAAAGCCUGGCGCUGGUCUGGAUUUUGGAAGCGUGGACGGCGAGGGAGCUGUAGCAUAGCUUAGGGUAUGUUGUGGCGCUGCAGGAUGUACGUAUGAACUCCGUGUUGGUCGUCGCGGCGGCGGCGGAGAGGAAUCUACUGGAGGAGGCUGUUGACGUGGAGGCGAGUAGUGAGAUGAAUACCA